AGCCACAAUUCACUUUGCUGAGACGACAAGUGCCGUUGCUGGCAGAGAGCAAGAAGCAUCGAGAAGCUCGUUAGAAGACACCUCACCGGCAAAGGGACACCGUCGGAGAACGUACAUACCCGCUGGCCGUCAGAAGCCAAUUGGACUGAUCUUGCUCAAGCAGAUGGCUCCAUUCACAACAGACGCCUCCACACGCAGCUCACGACCACCACGUCCUUCGGCACUUCCUGAGCCAGAGCCUGUGUCUUCUGUCUGGGAGCAAGCGGCAGGCCAGCACCACGACGCACCCAUGCAAUUAUCAAAGAAGAAGAAGAGCUACAGCACCAGCAACGUGAAGAGACGCGCCUCGACAUCGCCUCGUCGCAAACUGGAAGCCUUCCGUUCUACACAGUUGGUGCUGUGGCGCCGACGCUACUUUGAGGGUAUUCUACGCUGGGAGGCAGCACUCAGAAUGAUAUUCGUGGACUUUCCGAAGUUGGCUUUCAGACGCAUCGAGGGUGCGCGCACAAUCGUCUCAUUCUUCUUCGUAUACGUGAUGCUACAAGCGCUGGCGAUCCUCUGGGGUUUCUUAUUCAAUGUCGGCGCUGUUCUGGGCGAAAAUAUGAGUACGAUCGUGACGAUGCCAUUAAUACAAGCCAUCUGCGUGCUCGUGGUGUACGUGUCGGUCAUGGGUAUUGUGUUGUCUUUCGGACGGGCAACGUGGAUCCUCACAUGGCAGUCGCUGCAGAACUUCCCGCUUAUCCGCCGUAUUAUUGCGUGUGAGUGCAGCCCACAAGCAGUUAUCCUCACGGUUGCCAUGCCCAUGCUGAUUAUCCUACCCAGCCUGAUAAUGGUACCCUCGCACUGUAGCAGCGCGGUGCUGCCAGGGUCAUCGUCGCUGGUCCAAGCCGUCUGCGAGGAGUCUUACCUGAAACUAUUAACCGACAAGCACCCGGUUUUCCAGCGUGCGUUGCGUAUAUCGACUGCAAUUGCAAUUUGCCAGUUUAUUCAGCUUUGUCUGGAGAUUUUGCCACGAUGGCGCUCGGCACUUGCUGGACUCGGCACAGUAAAGACAUUUUUCUUAGGAGGGUGGUUGCUGGGAAUGAACUUCUUGGGCGGAUUGUGGACAGUCGAAUGGACUGCGCGUCACUUUGGACUGAAAAUCACGCCAUUAAGUGACCUCUCGAAUUACCAGUGGGAGAUCUUUGGUAUGACAUUGCUCGUGGGAUGGAUUCUGUGGUUCCUGGCGAUCACUUGCUUCACGUUUCCCAAUGUUAGCGAGUGCGAUUCAAACAAAAAGGCUCUCUGUGGGUUCUUUGAGCGGCUCAAAUUCACGUUCGCCGUCGGUCAGGGCAUUGUGUUCUUCCGAGCAUGUGUGCACCCGCACAUGGGUUUUGUCCAUGCACAGCUUGAGCUUACUAUCAUCAACUUGCUCUUGCCGUCGAUUUACGUGGUAUCGCUCAUCUGUCUUCGGAUGGUGAGCCUGUUGAGCAUGCGCGCGGUGGUUAUUGAUGGCCCCUUGGCACUAGGCAUGUCAGGUAUCGUGUUUAUUGGCUCCAAGAUGACUGAGAAGCCUCACGUCUUCGUUGUAGUGAGUUUGUUCUUUUUCGACCGCUUUUUACGCUCGGAGGCUGCUUCAUCGUUGAGUGAGAUGGGACAAACUCUCCAGCAAAUGCUGCAAGAAACGUCGUCUAACAAGAAACACCCGCUUCUGGGCCAUCGUACUGCCAAGAAAUUCGUGUACCUUGCGCUCGCUAUCCUGCUGCUGUUUGUGGGUGCCAUUUCGGGAUUCAGUGUUCUAUCGGUGCUACAGAAGAGCGCGAAGUGGUUUCCUGACGCCACAUCGGUGGAAUACGAAGACAACUCAAUCCACAUUCAUCAUACGGGGGUUGUGAAGCUGCACCUUGGACUUGCAAACGAUACCAAUCCCGCUAUCACGAUUGAUGAUCCGCUUUAUGCGAGCUGCUCGAGUCGCUGGAACGGCCUGAGUUUGAUCGAUUUGGCGUUCUUCGCAGAGGCUGCCUACUUUAAUCCACUGUCUAACGACACUGCCGAGUUUAUUUCAACUAUUUUUGACAACGAAUUAGGAGAUAUUCACGUUCAUUUGCCGGCCUUGAAUACCAAGACCGGGUCAAAGCUCGACUUUUUCGAGGCGUACAUCCCGAAACUCAAUACAAGCGUCAUUUCGGUGCGAGGCACGGACAUCUGGAGAUUCACGGACUUUGUGGAGGAUGUCAAGAUGUUUUUCGAGCCUGUGGUGUUUUCGGUAUUGUCUUCAAUCUUCCCGACCAUCCGUAUUUGGCCUGAUGUGACGUUUUCCACUUUGAUUGAGCUAUACAGUGAGAUGACCGGGUUGUUUGGCUUGCAGCAUGAAUCGUGGUAUUAUCACGAACUUUUGGACUACGUCACAUCUCGAACGGACCGUAAGGUGGUACUCACGGGCCACUCGAUGGGUGGUGGUAUCGCGCGUCUUGUCGGAUCCAUUGUCGGGACGACCUCAGUUACCUUUUCUCCGCCUGGAUUUGUGCAAAGCUAUAGUAAAUUGAUUCACCACAUUGGUGGAACGUCGAUGAAAGUUGACCGCACAAGCCUGCACCACCGUAACUUUGCUGUUGUACCCGAGUACGAUCCGAUUACCAUGAUUGACGCCCAAGCUGGAAUGACGCAAAAAAUAUCGUGUGAUACGCCACAUCUUUCGAUGCAGUUGUCCUGCCACAUGCUCGAAGGAACGAUCUGCAACUUAGUGGAGCAUUGUGGCUCUCCCAGACGUCGGAUUUCAUCGUGUCUGUUUAAGCACAACAUCGCUGGAGCCACGGAGGACAUGCUUCCGAGAGUGCUUGCGACGAUAUCCAAGCCCGAAAUCUACGUUUCUUUUGGCGUGACGGUAUCGAUCGCGCUCUCCAUGUUGCUUCGUCGCCGUCAUCGCAAGAUGCGUACACCAUUAUCCUCUCCGUCCAACCGCAGAAAGAAGAACAAUAUCUCGGGUUUCCCACACAGCUCAAGAGACCUACAGCCGCCUCAUCCAUCACUGUAUGUUCGGCGCAACUCCGUUAUUUAGCUUAGAUAGAUUCAUAUCACUUCGACAUGUUGCCUACAAAUAAAUCCGGAAGUGUACUCGGAAGGUGUUUGUGUUCUCGAGCACGCUGCUGUC